AUGGCGGUCAUUGGUCGUUUCUGUUCAAAUCACUGGUAUGAUAAACUGUUAUCAAAACAAUUAUUUUGUCCAAGAUUGCCCUACACGUCAGUGCCAGUUGGUAACGAAAACAAAACCAAAGAGGAUGAACUACCCAAACAAACUUUAAAUAUUAGUGAUAAUUGUAUAAAAAGACUUUCGGAAAUAAUCAAUGAUAACAGUUUUCUUAGAAUCUAUGUUGAAGGUGGAGGAUGUUCAGGUUUUCAAUAUAAAUUUGAUUUAGACAAAGAAUUAGAAAAAGAAGAUAUAGUUUUUAAAAAAGAUGGAUUUAAAGUUGUCGUAGAUGAAAAAUCUUUGGAGUACAUUAAAGGAUCAACAAUCGAUUAUCAAACAGAACUUAUUAGAUCUGCUUUUCGAAUUGUAGACAAUCCACAAGCAGCACAGGGUUGUUCUUGUGUGAGCUGUUUUCAAUUUAUUUAA